UCUGGGCCUCUUUCCUCACCUGAUGCUUUAAAAGUUGUGAGAAGUAACAAAGUGACCAAUUGAGACCUGGUCGGACCCUGAAGAGGAUGGGCCUGCUCCUGGUCUUCCUGGUGGCUGUGCUAUCAGUCGAUGCUGAAGGAGGGAAAAUCUUAUGGGGUACAGAGUCUAAACCCCACUCCCGGCCCUACAUGGCAUUCAUAAAUUUUUAUGAUAGCAAAUUAGUCGUCAAACGCUGUGGUGGUUUCUUGGUGGAAAAAGACAUCGUAAUGACAGCAGCUCACUGUAAUGGAAGCAAUAUAAAUGUAACCUUAGGUGCUCACAAUAUCAAGAAACAGAAAAACACCCAGCUCAUUCCUGUGCGUGAAGCCAAACCUCACAAGGACUUUAAUAGUGUAACACUGGUUAAUGACAUCAUGCUCCUCAAGCUGGAACACAAAGCUCAACUCAGCAGUACCGUGAAGACUAUUGCCCUUCCGAAGAGCCAGGACUGGGUGAAACCUGGGCAGGUGUGCACAGUAGCAGGUUGGGGAAACUUGGCCAAUUGCACUUUGUCUAAAACACUUCAAGAAGUGAAUCUAGAAGUUCAAACAGGCCAGAUGUGCCACAGCAUGUCCAAAACCUACAACAACUCCAUCCAGCUCUGUGUGGGAAAUCCCAAUGAGAAGAAAGCUACUGCUCGGGGUGACUCUGGAGGACCCUUUGUGUGUAAUGGAGUGGCCCAGGGCAUCGUCAGUUACAGCCUUUGUACUGGGACACCUCCUCGGGUAUUCACCAGAAUUUCCAGCUUUAUACCUUGGAUUCAGAAAACAAUGAAACUCCUGCAACAACCCUAGAAUACAAAACCUGUGUCUGGGCCAGGGUCCAGCAUCCUGGGGUGUGGCUAUCUGAAUCUUAAUAAAGAAAUAUGUUUGCAGGAAA